CUGAUUACGGUGACUCAGAUACAACACAAACCAACGCCUCACCAGAACACACGAUCAGCCUCGCCAGCGGACCGGAACAGAAUGUCGGGACCUCGCGCCGUUGUCCCGUCCCUCGAGACGGUCAGGUCCGUCCUGGCCGCCCCCGCCGGCAACAAGAAGCCUACCCUCGUCCCCGUAUAUCGCCAGAUCUCCUCCGACCUCAUCACACCUUCCGCCGCCUACCUCAAGGUCUCCGCCGCCCAUAAGGACUCCGACUACUCCUUCCUCUUCGAAAGCGCCGCCACCGAGCGCGUCGGCCGCUACAGCUUCGUCGGCGCCGGUCCCAGAAAGGUCCUCGCCACGGGACCCGGCUUCGGUCCGGAAUGCGACCCUCUACCCGCCCUCGAGGCCGAGCUGGCCCAGCACGUCGUCGCGCAUGUGCCGGGUCUGCAGCUCCCGCCCAUGGCUGGCGGUGCUGUCGGAUACGUGGGGUAUGAUUGUGUGCGGUACUUCGAGCCCAAGACGGCGCGGCCGAUGAAAGAUGUCCUGAAGAUCCCGGAGAGUCUGUUCAUGCUGUUCGACACUAUUGUGGCAUUCGACCGUUUCUAUGGCGUGAUCAAGGUCAUCACAUAUCUUCACGUCCCGGAUGAUCUGGCGCAGUUGGAGACGGAAUACCAAAAGGCGACAAAGACGAUCGACGAGCUCAUUGCGGUACUCAAUGCCCCAGAAAUUCCUAUUCCGGAGCAGCAACCGAUCAAGCUGAACCAGGAAUACACUUCAAACGUCGGACAGAAGGGAUACGAGGCGCAUGUUACGGAACUAAAGAAGCACAUCGUCAAGGGCGACAUCAUCCAGGCGGUCCCCUCGCAAAGGUUCGCCCGCCCAACGAGUCUGCACCCGUUCAACAUCUACCGCCACCUGAGGACGGUAAACCCGUCACCAUACCUCUUCUACGUCAACUGCAAAGACUUCCAGAUCGUCGGCGCGUCGCCGGAGCUGCUCGUCAAGUCGGAGGGAGGAAGAGUCAUCACGCACCCCAUCGCGGGUACGGUGAAGAGAGGGAAGACUCCGGAAGAGGACCAAAGAUUGGCGGACGAGCUGCGCAACUCGCUCAAGGACCGCGCGGAGCACGUCAUGUUGGUGGAUCUGGCGCGCAACGACGUCAACCGCGUGGGAGACCCGUACACGGUGCGUGUAGACCACCUGAUGGUCGUGGAGAAGUUCAGCCACGUCCAGCAUCUGGUUUCGCAGGUUUCUGGCGUGUUGAGGCCGGAUCAGACGAGAUUCGAUGCAUUCCGCAGCAUAUUCCCCGCAGGCACGGUAUCUGGAGCACCCAAGGUCAGGGCGAUGGAGUUGAUCGCCGAGCUGGAGAAGGAGAAGAGAGGUAUCUACGCCGGCGCGGUCGGUUACUUCGGUUACGGCGGUGUCAACGAGAAGGGUGAGGAGGUGGAGGGUGCUAUGGAUACGUGUAUCGCACUGAGGACGAUGCUUGUCAAGGACGGCGUGGCAUACUUGCAAGCUGGUGGCGGCAUUGUCUUCGACUCGGAUGAAUACGAUGAGUGGAUGGAGACGAUGAACAAGCUCGGCGCGAACAUGCAGUGCAUAACGACGGCGGAGGAGCUGUAUUAUGAGCAACAGCAGGCCGCCAGUAAAUGA